AUGUACCCUUUCAACCGGACCACCUCAAUACACGCUGAAAAUGCGAUGCCGAACAUUGAGGAGAUGGAGGAGGAGGAUGAGGAAAUGGGUGGUGGUGAUGGAAGAGCUAAUGGAAAGAUGUACUCGAAUCGGAAUACUUUGGUGAUGGACUCAACGGAAGUGAACCAAGCGCCUCCGGGUUCCCCAGUGGAGAAGACGAUAUUGGCGUCAAUUUUGGAAAUGUCGAACAUCAACGACAAGUGGGUGAAGACGUUCACGCCGUCGGCUGCUGCUCCGGGAACGACAAACAAGAAGAAGAGCAGGAGAGAGUCGCUUUUCGAGUGCUCAUGGAGGUAA